AUGCGCAACGCCCUCCUCUUUUUCAGUGGCAUUACUGCCAUAGCCACAACAUAUGCUUCUCCGGUAGCUUCGUCAACGACUUCUGUAAUUACUUCACCUGUCGCCACAUCAAUACCUGUUCCAGUUGCGCCUCCAGUUUUCGCAGCUGUUGCAACUCCAGAGGAUAUAAACGCGGUCAUUCGGGAGAAUACAUACCUCCGAUGUCGAGACAUGAUUGAAGGGGUCCAGCAGGCGUUCGACAAGAUCGGCGGUCGGCCCCAGACCCCUUUCUCGUAUGAGGAUCAAAAGGGUAUAUGUUCCAUGUUCGACUUGUUCGGCAUCGACCAAUCAAAGCUCAUUACAAUGUUGGUGAGAAAUCUAGAGAGUAUGGCGAGGGACGGCUUUAUCGACCACUUUGGGGAUUGCUUCAAUCGACUUCAACCUGCACUGAGCAUGUUUGUUGAAGAACUGACAUCUUAUGCGCCUGAUUGUGAGUUCGAGAUGUUGAGGAGAAAGGACCAGCUUGAGGUUGGGCUGAGUAGUGCACUGGCAAGGGUGCUGGACUAUCGGGCGGGACAUGCCCCAGACCGCAUUCCUUUGUCAUUAGAUUGA